UUUCAUAUUUUCUGCAAGUCCCCAACCCACCAUUCAUGUGAUGCAUGCAAAAGGGAGAGGAGACUUUUGCAAUAACAGAGUGCUCUCCGGUUUCCAUUUACUCCUCUGCUGUUGGCAUCCUUUCACCCUGCUCAAAACAAGAAGCUUGAUGCUGGACAGUGUGCCCAUUUCUGAUGGACCAUUGAUUCAAGAGAUCCAAUUGGGAGAAAAAUAAUAUGCCUUGAGAUAUCCAGAGGUCCAUAUGAAGCACUCUAAGCAGUGCCUUACCAGUGUUGACCAUUAUUCAGUAAUUACCGUGUGAUCUGUUGCUUCUUAUUUCUGCUGGCGAUUGAAUGAUAGUCCUCAGUUAUCUAUUCUAUACAUUGGCCUCUCCUGGCACUUGUGUUUAAAAUUACUUCCCCUCACUCGUUAAGACCUUAAAAGUACUGCUGGGUAAUGAUAUGAUGAACAAACUGCUAGUUCAAGAAGGUUACUACUUUUGAUUUGAGACUCUUAUCCUUCUCGGAAGAUGAUUCGAGUUGUACUUCAGAACUUGCAUGUGCUGGUAAUGUAGAGGUAGCAGAAGCUGGAUGCUCGGUGCACCAAUUUCUGUGGCCCCUCAAUGUCUCAUUGACACAUACUGAUCUCCUUCUUAGUGCUCUGAUCAAUGGCUUAUCAAUGCACCUGUAAUAAGGUACGUACUGCAGCAGCAUGGCUUUAAUUCAGAGAUGAUUCGUAUCUUGCUUUUCUGCUGAACCAUCCUAGCUGAAGCCUGUGAUUGAACGACCUUUCGACGAACAAGUACUUAACCUUUUCAUUGUUUCUUCAACUUUUGCAGCUUGGGCACAGCAGUCAGCUGAAUGUUUGAAGUCUUGCGGGUUGAUCAUCUGAGAAAACUCUUUCUACAAAUAAUUUAUCAAUAUUGAAUUUUGUUACAAGUCAUCCCUUGUUACCAUAGAUUGCAGAAGUUUCAUGCUGGGCAGUUCACAACUAGUUAAUAUGACCGGACUCUAUUCCUUCUUGGAUGAUGAUUCGUAGUUGUGCUUCACAUUUGGAUGUGCUGGUCCCGUAGAGGUAACAUAAGCUUGAAGUUUUGUGCGUCUCUUGGACUUCUAGUCUCCCAUUAAAGACAUCAUUGCCCUAAAGCACUCUGAUAAGUGGAUUAUCAAUCCACCUGUGAUCAGGUCGCCUGGUAUUUUUCACGGAUCUCCCUAGCUAACAUACUUCAAUGGCAACCAUAGUUGAUUCUGUGGUUGGAUCAUUUGCUAAAAAGUUGCAAGAUAUCAUUCUUGAGGAAGCCAUUUCAGUUCUGAGGGUAAAAGAAGAUCUCAAUGAACUACAAAGGAUAAUGAACCAUAUACAAUGCUUUCUUAACGAUGCAGAGCAAAGGAGGACAGAAGAGUCAGCAGUUAAUAAUUGGCUUCGUGAGCUGAAAGAUACUAUGUACGAAGCUGAUGAUAUCAUCGACUUGGCUAGAUUAGAAGGAAAUAAGCUGCUAGCAGAUCAUGCCUCGUCAUCAAGAAGUUCGGCUUCAUGUACAAGAUUUCCACUUUUCUCUUGCCUUCCUAACAUUCAAAGGCGUCACAGGAUUGCCAUUCGAAUCAGGAAACUUAACACUGAACUUGAGAAGAUUUCAAAGCUAGGUGAAUCAUUUUUAAAAAUUCAGAAUAGGCAGCACAAAGAGAAUAUUUCAGCUUUGAGGAAGAUACAAACUUGUGAUCUUGUGGAGCCUAACCUUGUGGGAAAGGAAACAUGGCUUGCGAGCUCAAGGUUGGUGGAUUUGAUUUGUGCCAAUACAGCAAAGAAGUCAUACAAGGUUGGCAUCGUUGGAACAGGAGGGGUUGGAAAAACAACUCUGGCUCAAAAAAUAUACAACGACCACAAAAUAAAAGGAACUUUCAACAAACAAGCAUGGAUUUGUGUUUCUCAUGAAUAUCAUGAGUACUGUAAAGUAGAUGUCCUGAAGGAAGUUCUUCAAAACAUCAAAGUAGAUUAUAAGCAAGAUGAAACUGUUCAAGGACUCACCCGAAAGCUUGCAGAAGCUAUUGAAAAUAAAAGUUUGUUUCUUGUAUUGGAUGACGUUUGGCAGCAUAAUAUAUGGACUGAUCUCCUAAGAACUCCAUUAGACACUGCAUCAACAGUUAUAAUUCUGGUGACUACUAGAAAUGAUACAGUUGCAAGAGUAAUUGGGGUGGAGCAUAUGUAUCGAGUUGAAUUGAUGUCUGAUGACGUAGGAUGGGAGCUACUUUGGAAGAGCAUGAACAUUGGUGAAUAUUCUGAAAUUCAGAACUUAAGGGGUAUGGGAAUUGAGAUUGUACGUAUGUGUGGUGGCCUUCCUCUCGCAAUCAAAGUUACUGCUAGUGUUCUGAUGACUAAAGAGAAAACUAAGAAUGAAUGGAGAAAGGUUAUAAAUAAGAGUGCCUGGUCCAUGAGCAAGCUUCCAGUUGAACUGAGAGGGGCUUUGUAUUUGAGUUACGAUGAGCUACCACAAUACUUGAAGCAGUGCUUCCUAUAUUUUUCCUUGUAUCCAGAAGAUUGGACCCUAUAUCGUGAUGAUCUUGUAAGAUAUUGGGUUGCUGAAGGUUUUGUAGAAGAGAAAGAAGGAGAACAUCUAGAGGAUACAGCUGAGGAAUAUUACUAUGAGUUGAUAAAUCGUAAUCUCCUUCAACCAGCCCCUGGAUUUGCUGACUAUAGUAGGUGCAAAAUGCAUGAUCUUUUAAGGCAACUGGCUGUACACUUGACAGCAGAAGAGUACUUUUUUGGAGAUCCAGAAUCAAUAGCUGCUAAAACUUUAUCCAAGAUGCGACGUGUUUCGAUUUUUAGCAAUAAGCAUGCUGAAAUACUACCCGAUGUGUACAAUAAUCAUAUGAAAGCAAGGACAUUGUCUAUUCGUCGGGUCAAGAUACAAAGAGUUGAGAAUACAAUUUUUAGAAGAUUCCAACACCUUCGUGUGUUGAAUUUGACUGGCUCUUUUAUAGAAAGUAUUUCAGAUAGUAUUGGAAGUUUGAUACAUUUACGGUUGCUAGACCUUGAUGGUACUGACCUAUCUUGUCUUCCAGAGUCUAUAAGUUCUCUUAUAAACCUUCAGAUAUUGAACCUGGAGCGAUGUGCCGCUUUGCACAGUCUUCCUUCUGGAAUAACUCAAUUGUGCAACUUAAGGCGCCUUGGUCUUUGCGCAACACCGAUAAAUCAGGUACCAAAAGGGAUAGGUAGAUUGAAAUCUCUCAAUGACUUAGCUGGAUUUCCAGUUGGUGGUGGCCGUGAUGAUAGUGCUAGAACGCAAGAUGGAUGGAGCCUAGAAGAGCUGGGUUCCCUUUUUCAGCUGAGGAAGCUUGAUAUGAUUAAGUUGGAGAGAGCAUCUUCUUGUAGUGCAGAUUCAUUGUUGCUAGACAAAAUGUUUCUCAAAGAACUGAAUUUAUGUUCUGCUGAAUGUACAGAUGAACCACACAAUGAAGAGGACGUAAUCAAUAUUGAGAGGACUUUUGAGAACCUAAUCCCUCCACAGAGCAUUGAAGAUAUAUGUAUUAUAGGUUUCUUUGGUCGGCGGUUUCCCACCUGGCUUGAUAAUGCUACACAUUUUCCAUCAUUGAAGUACUUGCACCUCAUGCGCUGUAAAUCAUGUGUGCAUCUUCCUCCAAUCGGGCAGCUUCCCAACCUGAAAUAUCUGAAAAUCAUUGGAGCCACUGCAGUCACCAUGAUUGGCCCCGAAUUUGUUGGUUAUGGGGUGGGUAAUCCUAGUUCUGUAGAGGCAGUUGCUUUCCCCAAGCUUGAAACGUUGGUCAUUGAGGAUAUGUCCAACUGGGAGAAGUGGACCUUUGUUGUUGAAGGAGAAGAAGCGACAGGUGUAGGUAAGGAAGGCAGAGAGGAAGGAGCUGCUGCAAAGCAAACAGGGGAAGCCCCACCUCCAAGGAUGCAACUGCUGACACGUUUGAAGAGGUUGGAGCUUCACCACUGCCCGAGGCUGAGAGCUCUCCCACGACAGCUUGGACAGGAGGCCACGAGCUUGAAGGAGGUCCAUUUAAGAGAUGUGGACAGCAUUAAGGUGGUGGAAAACCUCCCGUUCCUCUCUGAGGUGCUUGUAAUUUCUGCAUGUGAAGGCCUAGAGAGGGUGCUAAAUAUUCCGCAAGUGAGACGGCUGCGUGCAGAGCUGUGCCCGAACCUGAGGUGUGUGGAGAGGUUGGAGAGCUUGCACCAGCUGUUUCUGACGGAGGAUAUGCAAGAUAUCUCUUCACGGUGGCUGCCUCGACUCCAAGAGCAACACCAGCAGCUGCACGGAGAAGACCUGGAUGUUUACACUUGGUGAUGAUUGUACACUCGUGUGAACACGUAGACGCAAGAAAGGGUACUAUAUCUAUUGAAGACGAUGGAAGUGCCUACUCGUGUCUAUCUCUGCUGGAUAUCUCUUGAUCAAGAACGACAACAUGAGCUGAUGUUUCCUCUGCUUAUGGAAAGGCUUGUUUAAUGUUUGUUUAAGUGUUUGGCUAGUGUGCAUGUCUGAAUAAAAUGUGUGCUACUUGAGUUUCUAGAAUAACUCUGUGAUGAGCUUGGACUAUUUGUAGUUUGCGAACAUGUGUAAUAUAUGAAGAAACCGCAUCUGCUGUGGCAUGCUUUCUGCUGCUAUUAUAUAUAUA